CACCAAUAAACGAAAUACAGCACGCACAUCCAAGCAACGUUCCCGCGUAUUCUUCACCGCUGCUACCACCCUCCAAUUCCUCGCCGCCCACGCAAAGGAUCGCAAGGGACGCUGGGAGAAGGGGUGGACGUCGCUCGCAUCCCUUGGGAGCUACGCCGCCUUCAAUUCAAAUCCCUGUGACGAUGUCUUCGCCCUCCUCUUUUGGCUCGUGAUCCACAAAUCCCCCUGGCCCCUUCCUGCCUCUCCAUUCCAUCCAGCUUUCCUGCCUUUGCCCACGUUUCUUCUCUGCGCUCGCCAUCCACCAACCACGCUCGACGACAAGCAGGAAAGUGCAGCAGGGCGAAGAAGGCUCCCUCGGGAUAGCACAUGAUCUAGAUUGCAACAAGGAAGUAGUAUAAGCAGAUAAGCGAUUGAGGAUCCGCAGAAGAGAGGGAGCGCCGACAAUGGAAGACAUCGCCGCCGACGAUGACAUCCUCUCCGAUAUGCUUCUCGACUCCCUCGAGUUCGAGCCUCCGAUCUCGACGCACAAGAUGAACCAGGCUUACCGCUCCCCUCGUUUUGACACGCAGCAUGUCAUCGACAUUGUCCGCAACAAGGUUGUCAUCGAUGCCGAUGUUUCCGAGGCUCUCGAGGAUCUUUGCAAAAUGAGUGUCGUGAAGAAGCACCUCCAGGGCAAAUCACUUCGUCAGGUUCAGGGUUUCCAGCUCCAUGCCCGCCGCUAUCUCGAGACAUACCUCCCGGACAGCGGCGUCGAGUUCGCCCUGACGACGCGCUACAAACGAACAGCGGCGCGUAGCUUCCUCGGCGAGACAUCACAGGCGGGCCAGGAGGCAGCUCGUGCCGAAGCAGACGCAGCCGCAGCGGCGGCGGCAGAGGCGGCCCGUGCCCAAUCCGGGUCUGCAUCCAACGGAAAGGGCAAAGCGAGGCUGUCUGGAGGGGAGUCUGGGAGCAACAUCACUGCCCUGACGACGAGCUCCAAGGCCGAUCUAUGCGUGGUGGCGACGAAGCCCUUUAAGGCGGGCGACCUCAUCCUCAUGUGCAAGGGAGGCGUCAAGGACCUAACAAAGAGCGAAGACGAGGCUCUGCGCGAAGAGGCGUCCAUGAGCCGCGACAGAAGACGAGAAGAGACAUAUGCGGGCGUGUUGGGUCCAGGCCGCGACUUUUCGGUUAUUCGAAGCGCCAGAAAGGGCUGCAGCCAGCUGUUGCUGGGACCAGCCCGCUUUGUCAACCACGACUGCGACCCCAACGCAGAGUUUCACCGACUGGGCUCCUCGCAGAUGGUGUUCAAGUGCCUCCGGCCGAUUGGGCUUAACGAGGAGAUCACCACCUACUAUGGCGACAACUACUUCGAGUGGGGCAAUGCAGAGUGCAUGUGCCUAACGUGUGAGGUGCGGAGCAAGGGCGCCUUUUCCAAGCCCGAGCUUGCUGGUGGGCUAGCCAUCGACGGCGAUGCUGUAGCUGGAUCGGAGACAGGAGUUGGGCCAGGGACCGAACCUGGAGGAGACAGGCAAGCGGGGAUGCGGAGAUCAUCGCAGCGCAAAAAGGCUUCGUCACCCUCGACGCCGGAUCCGCUCCACUCUCACGGCUCGGCUAAUGGGUCGGGGCAUCCGACACCAACGACGGCGAUGGUGCAGCGCAACGGCACUACGUUUGAAAAGACGUUUGAACACUCGAUCUCCGAUCGCGAAUUUGACGAUACCACCCUAGUCUACCAACGAGGGCCCCGUUGUACGUGUUUGACAUGCGGAUCUCCCUUCUGGGCUCCUGAAUCCUGGUGGACACCUGAUGAGUGCCGGAGGUGCGAGCGACACUACCGCAUCUUCAAGGCGGAUUGGCCGGGGAGGAUGCCGACCGAGGGCGGGUGGAGCAAGAAGGCGCAGAGCAAACGAAAGAUUCGAGAGGAGCUUCAGCUUGCUGCUGCAGGGGACAAUGCACACGACGGCGAGGACGACUACGACAAGAUUCUGCACCCUGCUAAGCGGAGGCAGCUCAAGCAUGCCAGUGCCAAGUUCGACAGGCGGAAGCUCGGGUCGCCCAGCGUCAGCAGCAAUAGCAGCAGCAGUCUGAGCGAGACGACUGUCGACAGCCCGGUGAAGCUGAGCCCGUUGCGCGAUACGAAGCCGACAAAUGCAACAGGGGGUGGUGUGGCUUCGAAGAAGCGUCCGCAACCCAUGGUCAAGAGUAACAAGAGAAUUGCUCAUCGCGACAAAGCGACAAGUGGCGGUGGGGAUGGGACCGAUGAGGAUGCCGUGGACGCAUCGCUGAAUACGAUUUCGACCAACGCUGCCAAGUCAAAGGUGGCCGCUAUCUCUGCCGCUCAUUCGUCAGCCCGCGCACCGACCAGUCGGCACCAGCCUAUGGCAUAUAGCGACGACGAGUCGGAUCUGACCGAUAUGUCCGACGACGAUGACAACGAGUCCACGCCAGUCGUCGAGCGUCGCUCAAGGUCGGCCAGCUCCAAUGCUUCCUCUUCGUCGGAUGACAAGCCGAGCGGACCAAAAAUGUUGGGCAAAGAGGCAAAGACAGAGACGUUGGCGCUCUUCUGGGGAGCACCGACGGGCGAUCGGAGAAAUCGGAGGCAGAGCAACAACGGGCUCGAAUCGCUCGCGAGAAAUGUCAAGCGCGAAGGAAGCCACUUGAGAAAAGGCAGCGGGUCCAGCCAGAAGCAUCGCCGGACUGCAAGUGACUUGUCACAGACGGGAUCACUGUCUGGCGCGCGCAAGACGAGCUCAGCGAGCAGCGGCGGCAAAUUAGUUCAACAGAGCUUCGAUUCGCCUUUGAGAGACGACGAGGUGGGCAGCCGGUCGCCCAGGGUUUCGGUCAAGCCUUCUGCGUCUCUAGGCCUUCGCUUGGAUGAGGGUUCCAUUUCACCGCCUGGCCUUUCUCCAGCUGCACAAAGAAGCGGCGACGAUCGUGAUCCCAGCGGGAGUGGUGAGGACUCCCUUGUCGUCAUCAGACAAGGCGCAGGGGAGGGGUCGGCAGGAUCGUCUCCUGGUGCACGCAACAGUCCGUCGACGGGCAACAUCCUACCGCCUGGCCUCGCUACGCAAGGGCCGGCGCGCACCUCCGUCAAGAACCUGGCCAUGGCUUGGGGCGCAGGUAUCGAGGAGGGAGAAGGGCGGACGAGGAGAAAGGUUUCGUCGAAGGAUUCUCCGGGUGCUAUAAAAAAGGUUCCAGGAGGGAAUGAGGAAACAGGACGCAGCACGACGCCUGACGUUAAACCUGGCAAGCCGCCGGCUUCGCCCUUGAGGUUUGCAGAGGACGAGGAGAGGAAGGAGGAUCUCGCAUUGUCCAAGUCUGUCCAUUCCCACCUCCAGCAGCAACACCAUCAGAUCCACCAGAAGAGUGCGAGUCCCGUUGGUGCAGCGUCUUUCUCGCCCCUUGCAGGACCACCGCCGACCCACUUUGCAUCGAGGCCCGGCAUCACCCCUGGUCAGCCGAUUCGGAAGAAUCUCCGAUGGGGAAGCGGAAAGGUCUCGUCGAGCCGGCCCAUGUCGCUUGCUGGACCUGGUGCAGGGGUCGGGGCAAAGGGAAGUGCGUCGGACAGCAAUAUUCCUCGAUCGCACGCGCAUGCCUCGUCACCACAGCCUCCCUCUCAGCCUCAGCCUCAGCCUCAGCCUCAGCCACAGCCACAGCCACAUUCUCCUCUGUCGGUUGCCCAUCAGCACAACAACGGUGGUGGUAAUGGGAGGCCGGCCGUCGCGGGAGGAGGGAACAGUGAAGCGUCGCUGCGCAGCAUCUCGGGCCCGGUGCUCCCGCCAGCGAGAGAGAGGCUCAAUUCACCGCUGGCGAAAGCAGCCAUGACGGCAGCCAACAACGGGGGCAGCAAUCGAGGUGUCUCGCCGUGCGACUGGUCUCUGUCCAAGGACAGAGCAUCGCCCAUCUCGGCCAUGGGUCCUCCUACGGCGGCUGCGACUGCGACUGUGGUCGCGAGGUCGUCACCCUUUUCGCCAAAGAGGGACUCUCCACCGGUCACUUCACCGUCCUCCAAGAGCAUGCAGGCCGUCUUCAAGGGUGCAGAGGCGGCGCCCUUUGCACCACCCUCUCCUUCUGCUAUUGCUGCCCCCAUGUCUCCAUCGACAAAGGGCGCCGUCAAGGUGGAAGAAAAUGGAUCUUGAACUAAGUCGUCGUACCCAUAUGCGCUGUAUCAUAGCCCCAACCUCCCCCUCCGAGCGAGGAGAGGGGGUUGUUCCCCACCUCUAACCCCCACAAAUCUAGUGCCAUUCUUUCCAUCUCUUGUGUCUCUCCGCUUGGACGAUCACGUUCUCGAAGCUAUCAUUAAGAAAGCGAC